AUGAAAAAAGACCAUCCUCUGCUGCUUUCCUCUCCUCCCCCUCCCCUGGCAGCCCAUCCCCCGUCAGCAUUGUCUAAUCCUCCACCUCCCCAUCGGGCUGCAUGCUGUUCUGGCGCUGGCACGGUAACUCCGCCUUCCCCCCUGCACAUCAAUGUACCGAUCGCGGACAACCGUGCUGCCCUAACCGGCGGCACAUCAGCCCGACGUCCCCAAUCUUUGUGAACCGGGACCGGUCGGAGCGCCGCGCCGCGAUGAUGGAUCGGAUCGUUUGAGAAUGAAACCGCGUUUUGCUCGCAGCUUCUUGGACCUCCUGCUGACCUGGACCUGAUUUAAUACGUAGCCCCCAGCUACACUGGCUGAGGGGGCUUGAGCUGGGCAGACCGUGGACACGGACGGUGGUCGUGUGAAGCACAAGAACGCUCCAGGCCUAGCCUCCUCGUCUCUCCCACCGCUGAGGCGGCCAUGAGGUCCAGCAUGAAGCACUGGAAGCAGCUGGUUCUGCUGGGAAUGCUGGCAUGGGCCUUCUUCUUCCUGGCACUCUUUGCCUACUUCUUGGACUCGCACGGCAUGGCCGCCGUCUUCCACAUGGAGCCACGGCGCCUGGGCCCCCAGCAGGGCCGCUCCCGUGCCAUCAUGGGCUCACGGCCCCUGUCUGAGCCCGGUCCUGGCGAGGCGAAGAGUCCGGAGGUGACCGACGGGGGGGCCUACCCGGAGCUCCAGACCCGGGAGUCGCUGCUUGCCAUCAACGACUACUCUGAGGACUUCGGGGCCCAGGAUCAGAGCCAGGAGGAGGAGGAAAAUCCUCGGAGGGAUAUACAGCAGAACUCGCGGAACUUCAAACGCUGGCGUCCGGAGAGACACCUGGAGGAUUACUACUUCUCAAAGUCCAGGACGGUGCUGCAAGGGCUUUGGAAGGGGUCCAUUUCGGCUCGGAUGCUGAGCCCCCGGCUGCAGAGUGCUAUGAGGGAGUACGUGUUGGCUAACAAGCACCACGUGGCCUACAGGGGGCGCCAGCACGCUGAGCUCAGGGGCAACGAGCUGCUGUGUGAGCUGAAGAAACGGGUACAGGUCCGGGCCUUGGACGGGAGCGAGAAGCCUUUCUCCCAGCUGGGCUGGGACAAGCUGGUUCCUUUGCGACCCCUGGAGCAGAUGUUCGGCUCGAAGUUUCGUACGUGCGCGGUGGUGACCUCUGCUGGGGCCAUCCUGAACUCCGCCCUAGGAGAAGAGAUCGAUUCCCAUGAUGCUGUGCUGCGCUUCAACGCGGCCCCUACGGACGGCUACGAGGACGACGUCGGGAACAAGACCAGCAUUCGCAUCAUUAACUCUCAGAUCCUGGCCACCCCAAAGCACCAGUUUGACACAAGUGCCUUGUACAAGGAUGUGGCCUUGGUGGCCUGGGAUCCGGCGCCGUACGCGGUGGACCUCCUGAAGUGGUACCGGAACCCUGACUACAACCUGUUCAGGCCCUACAUGGAGCGCCGUAAGGAGAAACCCGAGCAGCCCUUCUACAUCCUCCACCCCAAGUUCAUCUGGCAGAUGUGGGACCUCAUACAGGCCAACAUGCAGGAGAGCAUCCAGCCCAAUCCACCAUCCUCAGGCUUCAUCGGGAUCUUCCUGAUGAUGGCGCUGUGCGAGAAGGUGCACGUGUACGAGUACAUCCCCUCCAUGCGACAGACCGACCUGUGCCACUACUACGAGCAGUACUACGAUUCGGCGUGCACGCUGGGCGCCUACCAUCCGCUGCUCUACGAGAAGGUGCUUGUGGCGCGGCUCAACGUCGGCAGCGUGCUCGAUCUGCAGCGCAAAGGCAGGAUCACGCUGGCCGGAUUCAGCACCGUGACCUGUGACCCCUGACCUCCGACCUCCCUCAAACUGCUGCAAUAACCGCCUCUGUGAGAAGGGGGUGGAGCCAAGGAAGGAUCCACAGUCGCUGCCUUUCUAGCAUUCGGGUGGACCGGGCUUUCGACUGGCCCGCGUCGAAUCUCGAAAAGGAAACCUUGGAUGGAUUGUGACACAGUUCUCCAACAGGGGGCGCUGCCCUCCUAAUCUCUGCGGUAGCUGAGCCUAAAGACACUUAAUUAUGGGUAGGAUAGCAAUAGAACAACCACUGUUACAGCUGUAUUGUGGAUACUUGGAUGUAUUUUGCUGUGAUUGGCCGUUCCGUUUAAUUGGGGUGGGUUUGGGAACCAUUUGCAAGGGGGGGCACAUUUGAGUUGACCACAGUUCCCCUCCUUGUGGUCAGGGUGGGUUCACAGAGGGACCUAAAUAUUCUACUGAAUGCUCUAUCAGACUUGCACACCAUACACAUGCCAAUGCAAACAAAGCUAAGGACAUGGUGUCAUUAAAGAGCCACUUUUUAAAGUUGUGUUUUUUUUUUUAUUAUUAUUUUAUCUUUUUUUUUUUUUGUGCCACAUGAUGUUCAGGUGAAUCUACUCGGCACAUCGCGUAUAGUGCAGAUUCGUCCUGGAUUGGGGUGUUGCACGGCAACACCAGGUAGGGCUGGCGGUGCCUGAUCACCGGCCCUUUUUGCCGAAACCGUUUAGCCUGAACUUGUGCGUGAGCUUGAGAUACUGAGUGCCCCUUUAAUAAACUCUGAGCACCUCCCUCUCAGAAAGUCUCUGCACAGCCCCAUGCAGCACUGUAGGUUGAAAUCUCUGGGCCUUGUGCGGACGCUGCGAUCGACGGCGGCGUUUCCACAGAUCGCUGACGUUCAUCCACGUGGUUAAAGGUACGAAGCCUUUGUGGCAUGGUGGAUGACCCAAUUUCUCCACAGUGUUUGAUGUCACAUCUCCAUGGUAAUGAGGACAUUGUACACUUUGAUCUGUACUAUCCAGAAUGCUGUAUUUUUGAUUAUUUUUUUUUUGUUUACCUUGAACCUGUAGCACGUUCAGUACGUCAGACCAGAAACAAUGGCAGUAAACCAUCCUAGCCAAACCAGUUAACCCAUUGCCCCGUGAGCUCCUCUUCAGCACCAACAUAGCUUGGCUGAUCCAACACUUUAGCGAUGAGAGUUUAAUCCCUCAAGUGAAGGGAACCCCCCCCCCCCCCCCCAUAUCUUGUCACAUGUAAUAAAGGAUGUUUUCUGUCACGUGACCCAGCAGAUAUAUUUAGAAAAAUAAUUCAUUGCUGCUCAUUCUUAUUUAUUCACGUGAAAAAAAAUCAGGUGAAUUGUCCGAAUGUGACCUGUGGGGUAUAUAGUACAAAGCAUCUUUUACACCCAGAGUUGGGUAACAGUACCCACCUCAUUUUCUCAAAACCACCCUCAACGCUCCUGGCCCUCAGGGUUCCCACUUGUCCUGGAAAACCUAGAAAAAAGUAAAUUUUCCAGUCAUGGAAAACUGAGAGGAAAAAGUAAAAUGUCCUGGAAAAUCUUGUGCUGUACUGGAAAAUUUUCAGCACAGGAAUACUGUUGCCAUAUGAAGUUUAGGAAUAUGUUAACAUUUCCAUGACUGGAAAAUUUGUUGGCUGUUUUCCAGGUUCUGCAGGACGUCUGGGAAUCCUGUCCAUGGUGAGGUGUCAUGACCCGAUUAUAGGUUUUUGGAUAAAAACAUUUGAUUAUACUUCAUUUGUAUGAGAAUAAAAAGAGAAUCAGUGGUAUCGGCCGUCCAUUUGACUAAAGUGGCCUUAAUCGGCUAUGUUUUUUUGUGAACGGGGCGGUUUGUAUAUACAGUGGUGGUGGGACUUGCCUGGACUUGCCCCUCGAAUCUGAAAACCUGCACUUUAAAAUGCUCAAAGCAGGUUAGACAUGCAGUGUAAAUUACCAUGACAACAGUACCCGAAACUUGCAAUUAAGCCUCAGGAAGCCUCGCUGAGCCAGUGAAUCCUCUUCGCAGUGCCCGUCUGUACCGCAUGUGCGAGUCUGUAUGAGCGCAAACGGUGGCCCGUGAGGCUUUGCAUGCUGUCGUCUUGAAAUGAAAUGAAAUGAAAUGAAAUGGGGAGAAAAUGAAAUGAAAUUUAGGAUAAGCCCUUAUGCUCAGUCCUGAACACAGCUGGGGGCUGACAGAGCAGACAGCCAGAAGCCCCCAAAGACUCGUGACGAGUCUUUCCAAGCAGGGAAGCUUGAUUCCAGCCCCCACCCCCGGCUGCACUUGCGAACAUGUGACCUUCCGUCGGUUUCGUUUGACAUAAGAGAUGGUAAUUCACAGCAUGACAUGCGUGACGGGUCCAUACUCCUACCGGAGCAACGCCUUUUGAAUGCCACCUGAACCGAACAAAGGUGACGAAGAUAAGCUGAUGAUGUUUCUCUCUUUUGCUGCGCGACUCUUUGUAGCUUAAACUGUAGAGAAACAAGUUAAUCCUGUGUUUUGAGGCUUGCUAUCAUCGGCAGCAGCCAAUUGAACGAUCGCAACUAGGAACUGGAGCCCUUGGUGAGGAAACGUUUGGUUCACCAGAACCUGUAUCGCCAGCAUACAACAAGGAAGUGAUGCUGAUCUGAGAUCUGCUCCCUCGGCAGUCUGCCACCUGGCUUCUAGUGUUUACCUUUUUAUCAAAGUGCUGUAGGUGAACAGGUUGCCUCCCGAAAUACACUCAUCCCACUGUGCCUGAUCUAUUCACACCCGCGUUACUUUGUUAUGCUGGCAUGGUGGCGUUGGGGAGUCUGAUUUGUGAAGGUACAAAACCAGCUACACGUAUGUCUAGAAUUGCCAGGCGUGAGACGACUUUGUUUUAUGUAAGAUCACGAUCACUUUUUUGGGUGUGGAGGGGUGGUAAUACUUUUUCUGCACGUUAAUUGAUUUCGCCGGCAUUGAAAUAAGUCACAUAGGAACAGCCUUAAAUACUGACAGGUAUUAAAACUGCUUUGAUGAGUAAGUGAAACUGGACUUCAACUUUUUGUGUUUUGGGAAUUUUUCCUUUUGACCAAUUUGGUCCUUUUUACAAAAUUUAAUUUGUUUAUACGAAACAAAAGCUGGUAUAGUUUGUAUAUGUUGUUUUUUUUUUCCCUCACAUGUCAGUCCAUUGUUUUUUAAUAUGUAAAUAAAGCACUGUACAGUAAA